AUGUCAGAGUCGCCAAAAAUGAACAUGGCAGGCACCAUUGCUCUCCUUCUCUCACUAGCUCCUGGUGCAAAUGCAUCUUCCUCGCUAGGAAUUGCACAACUAUUCAACAAUGCUACAAGUACGGUGUACAACAGGAAGUUGAAAUCCGUGCCACAGUAUGAUUCUCAAUGGAUUCUCUCUGCCUUAUUCUGGUGCAAUUUCUAUGUCUUACAAGUCUCCAGCAUUAGGCAUUUAGCAAUGCUCAUGCAAGACAAGUUCAUGGAAACGUCUUCAGAAUUUAAAAAAACCAAGUGCUAUCGUCUUUCUACUGCAUCAACACCUCCCUUCAAUCGGGAAAAAGGCCUCCCUUCAAUUGGAACGCAUUUCUGGCUUGCAACUGCAAUUGCCUAUUUGUUCACUAUUUUGGAGUGCUAUAGGUGUGCACUUGCUGGUAUGUAUGCAGAUGUCCCAUUUUUGUGUGAUGCGGCAUACAUUCAGAUUCCGUACAACUGA